GUCUUCACAUUUUCAAACUCUCUUUCUCUCUCUUGUUUCUGUAUUCAAUUUGCCUUUGUUGGUUUUUUGUUCUUUUUUGAACUCUAGAAUCAUAGAAUGACAAAAGUUCCUGGGUUUUGUUUUUCUGUUUGGGUUGCUAAAACGGAUUUGCUUUGUUAGAGCAGUUUUGCCUUUUGGGAAUUAAACUUACAAGGAGAAAAGAGGUUGUUUUUUUGUUUGUUGAUGUUUAUGAAGGCUCAAAAUUGAACUUUUAGCUGGCUCUGUAAGUGGGUUUGGUUGUAGAAGAUAGAAAUUUUGGGAGAAAUACUAGAGGUGGGUUUCGAUGUAUGAUUAAUUUGAUACUUUACAUAAUUACAUGUUAAGAUGUUGGAUAGAAGCUUGCAAAUGUCAUUGAAUUGCCCAUCUUAUUACCCAGGCUGCAUAAUUAGGCAGAGAAACCUUUGUAAUAAAAGGUUGAAUCCACUUCUUGCUAUGCCCCCUUCUUCAGUGAUCUUACACACUGAUGAAAGUGGGAACUUUCCUGAAUCUAGGAAAAACCCUACUUCUUUAAGCAGCUCUGGUGGGUCCUUGCUUACUGCUCCUAAUACUGUGGGAAUAAUUGGAGGCUUAUCUGCUGAUUCUACUCUAAAUUUCUUGAGAAAAUUAGUGCAUUUCAGCAAAGAGAACGAAGAGAAAUGCAUACCAUUUGUUGUUUGUUCUGAUCCGGCGUUGAAUAGGGAGCUUUCAUCGCUGGAGAAAAGUUCUUCCCUUUGCAGUAGAAAUGAACUUUCGCAAUUCAAUAAUACCCGGAUUGUCGAAAAUCUGCAGAGUAAAAGGGAUUUCCUCGAGAAAUCAGGAGCUCACUGCAUUGUAGUGCCUUGUCAUAUAUCACACUCAUGGCAUUAUGAAGUGUUUAAGGGAUGUUCUGUUCAUUCCCUUCACAUUGGCGAGUGUGUUGCCAGGGAGCUUAAGGAAGCCAAGUUGAAGCCGCUGGAAGCCGGGAGCCCUUUGCGAAUAGGAGUACUUGGCACUGAUGCAACUCUAAAAGCAGGGUUUUAUCAAGAGAAACUGCAGGAUGAGGGGUUUGAGGUUGUGCUGCCAGAUAAAGCAACCAUGGAACACACUGUAAUCCCGGCCAUGGAUGCUCUAAAUAGAAAUGACAUGGAAGGAGCACGGAAUCUACUGAGAAUUGCUCUCCAAGUUCUUCUGGUGAGGGCGGUUAACACCGUUAUCCUAGCAUCCGAUGACAUGCGCAAUCUUUUGCCUCAGAAUGAUCCACUUCUUAAGAAAUGUAUUGAUCCGAUGGAUGCGUUGGCCAGGUCGACCAUCAAGUGGGCACAGCAAGCUGUGCAGGAAGGUACAUAAAAGCAGCUCGAUUUGUAGUUUUACGCAUUCUUAUCAUUAUUCUUGGGGAUUAUGUUCUGAAAACGAUCCCGAUAUUGUUCUGCAGUAUUUGUGUCUCUUAAGAAGAGAAAGUAGAGAGAAAAUUACGAGUAAGAAGUGGUCUUUGUUCAGAUUGUUGUGGAAACUAGACAUCUUUUCCAACAUAUUUAUGUGGUUUAUUUGGUUGCA